ACGGGACGCUGUUGGGCGCCGGCGUUACGGAUUACUGCAGAUGUACCAGGUUGCAGCAUUACAUUGCCAACCUCACAAUGCCUGUGACCAAGAUCUCAUCAGCAGAUGCAUUUCCAGAAGCCUGUCAGGGCCAGCUGACAGUGGCACACUUCUCAGCCCACUGGGCGCCACAGUGUCAGCAAAUGAAUGAGGUGCUGGAUGAGCUGUUAAGCGACCCUCAACUGGCCCAUGUCAAGUUCAUCUCUGUGGAGGCUGAGGACAUGCCAGAGCUGGCCCUAAAACAUGCUAUUUCAGCAGUGCCCACAUUUAUCAUCUUCAGUGGAGGCAAGGCCGUGGAUCGCGUCGACGGCGCCAAGGCGGCUGAACUUACCAAGAAGGUGCAAACACGUGCGCAACACGGCGAAGUGCCGCCACCACCAGCACGUCCUGAGGAGGACCUCAAUGCCCGCCUGAAACGGCUCGUAAACCAGGCGCCGUGCAUGUUAUUCAUGAAGGGCACCCCCAACGAGCCGAAAUGUGGCUUCAGUAAGCAGAUGAUCGAGAUCUUCAACAGCCACGGCGUACGCUUUUCUAGCUUCAACAUCCUGUCGGACGAGGAGGUGCGCCAGGGCCUGAAGACCUUCUCCGACUGGCCAACAUAUCCGCAGGUGUAUGUAGGUGGUGAGCUGGUGGGCGGCCUAGACAUAAUCAAGGAGUUGGUGGCGAGCGGAGAGCUAGCUUCCACGCUUCCCUGCAAGAAGUCGCAACAGGAGAUGGACGAGCGGCUGCGCGCGCUGACCACCGGUGCGCCUGUACAGCUGUUUAUGAAAGGCUCGCGGGAGCAACCGCGGUGCGGUUUUUCCCGUCAGCUGGUGGACAUUCUGAAUUCAGUGGGCGUGGAGUACAGCACGUUUGAUAUCCUUUCGGACGAGGAGGUGCGACAAGAGCUGAAAAGAUUUGCUGACUUCCCCACCUACCCGCAGCUCUGGGUUAAGGGCGAGCUUGUUGGUGGGCUAGACAUCGUCAAAGAACUGGUGGAAAGUGGAGAAUUGGAUGCGGCGUUGAAGGCGUGAGCACUUAGUCCGUUGCCACAAUGGUCAAAUUCCUUUUCGCUUCCGCAUGUGCUUGGAUUGCCUAAGGCAAUGUCCUGGGUUCUAGGCUUCGGGUUUACCGGUCUCGUUGGAUCUUGGUGAUAAAUGGAGCUUGGCGGAGGGUUUCGAUAAAGGGAAACGUGUAUUCAAACCAGUUAUGAACGUCGAAACAAAUGCCCGAAAUAUAUACCUACACUGGAAUGCAGGAAUGUAACACAAGCGGCUCCAUUCCAGUGAUCUCUGAGCGGAGGUUUGCGAUCGCACACGGAGAGACAUCACUGUUGUCUCACGGCAUCACUGCUGUCAACAUAAGAUUGCCGUCGCUGAGUAAAAAAAACAUCGUUACCGGGAGUAUUGCAGUAUCAGCCG